AUCGACUGAGCAGUGAGCACACACACAUAUCGCCGUGACGUGCACGCCAGCUCGCCGUCGGCGACCAUGGGUACGGAGAGCGAUCAGUACCCGGCGCACCUGUCGUCGUCGGCGACUGUCGCCGGGCAUGGCGACGACGGCGGCAGCAGCACGAGGAGGAGGGAAGGGGCGGCGGCGGGUGGUGGUGGUGGGCAUGCGGCGAGUGCCGAGCUGGAGCGCAUCCUGGCGGACGAGUCGGUGCCGUCCGCGGCGCGGCUGGCGCGCGCGGCGCCCGUGGAGCUGCGGCUGCUGGUGGCGCUCGCGGCGCCGGCCGUGGCGGUGUACAUGAUCAACUACGCCAUGUCGAUGUCGACGCGGAUCAUCUGCGGCCAGCUCGGCACGCUGGAGCUCGCCGCCGCCUCGCUCGGCAACGUCGGCAUCCAGGUCUUCGCCUACGGCCUCAUGCUUGGCAUGGGAAGCGCGGUGGAGACGCUGUGUGGGCAGGCGUACGGAGCGCACAAGUACGACAUGCUCGGCGUGUACAUGCAGCGUUCCACCGUGCUGCUCACCGCCACCGCCGUCCCGCUCGCCGUCAUCUACGUCUUCUCCAAGGAGAUACUCAUCCUCCUCGGCGAGUCCCCGGAGAUCGCCGGUGCCGCCCGCCUCUACGUCGUCGGCCUCAUCCCGCAGAUCUUCGCCUAUGCCGCCAACUUCCCGAUCCAGAAGUUCCUGCAGGCGCAGAGCAUCGUGGCGCCGAGCGCCUACAUCUCCGCGGCCACGCUCGCCGCGCACGUCGCCCUGAGCUGGUUCGCCGUCUACAAGCUUGGCCUCGGCCUGCUCGGCGCCUCGCUGAUCCUCAGCCUCAGCUGGUGGGUCAUCGUGCUGGCGCAGUUCGCGUACAUCGUCGUCUCCGACAGGUGCAGGCUGACGUGGGCCGGAUUCUCGUCCAAGGCGUUCUCCGGCUUGCCGGAGUUCCUCCAGCUGUCGGCCGCGUCGGCGGUGAUGCUUUGCCUCGAGACGUGGUACUUCCAGGUCACGGUCCUCAUCGCCGGCUUGCUCAAGGAUCCGGAGAUCGCCCUCGACUCUCUUGCAGUGUGCAUGUCAAUAUCAGGAUGGGUGUUCAUGGUGUCGGUUGGCUUCAAUGCAGCAGCUAGCGUUAGAGUGAGCAAUGAGCUUGGUGCGGGCAACCCGAGGGCAGCAGCGUUCUCCGUGAAGGUGGUGACAAGCCUGUCGCUGAUCGUGGCGGCAAUCAUAGCAGCGAUUGUCAUGUGCCUCCGUGAGUACCUUAGUUACGUGUUCACGCAGGGCGAAGAGGUCGCCCGUGCUGUUUCCAGCAUGACCCCAUUGCUCGCUGUUACCAUCGUCCUCAAUGGAAUUCAGCCAGUCCUGUCAGGUGUGGCGGUUGGAUGUGGAUGGCAAGCUUUCGUGGCAUAUGUUAAUAUCGGAUGUUACUACAUCAUCGGUGUUCCGUUUGGUUGCGUUCUUGGAUUUCACUUUGAUUUGGGUGCUAUGGGGAUAUAUGGUGGAAUGAUCGUCGGAUUGUUUGUUCAAACUCUCAUUCUUGUUUAUGUCACAUUUCGUACAGAUUGGAAUAGAGAGGUAGGAGAAGCAAAGAAGAGGCUCAACAAAUGGGGUGACAUAGCGAAGCCACUUCUCGCUAACGAAGAUUGAACAAAAUGGCAUAUUUAGAGUGCCAAGUUGAUUUGAUAUGAUGCUAUAUAUGGGAAGCUGGAUGUACGUUUCUAGUUUGAGACAUUAUGCCGUAUAUGUGUAUAGGGCCAAAUUAAUCUACGUACCAGCCGAAAUUUGAUGUUUCUUCUGAAUGUACUCUUUUGAUUUGUUAUUAAUCUUUCGUACUGGCUAAUGUAACCAAAAUGCCCAAAUUAAUCUAGACAUCUUGUUCCCUGUA